ACAUCCAUCCACAAUGUUCUUUUGUUUCUUUGUAAAAACAAAAAAUAAAAAAGAAAUCUCCAAGUAAGUCUUACUUGAAAACACGAUUUCACUCUCUCUCAUCGUCUCUAGAACAUACGAACGCAAACAACAACGUUAAACGCUAAUCAACACCGCAAUCUUGCUCGGAGUUCCUCUACUAAACGCCGGUAGUACAUGCUAGUUCAAAGCAUUUUGUGAAGUAGGGGAACUCUAUCUUCAUUCUUUGAAGUUUUGUAGAGUGCAGAAACCGCCAAUGACUGCUUUGUUGUCAAGUGAUCCAAUGCAUUUUGGAAUGCAUGAAGGGGGUCCAUAUAGGCAUUCUGAUGAUAAAUUGGAAGAACAUGGUGGUCGGUGGUAUUUUUCACGCAAAGAAAUUGAAGAAAAUUCACCAUCUAGACCAGAUGGCAUUGAUUUAAAGAAGGAAACUUAUCUACGCAAAUCUUAUUGCACAUUUUUGCAAGAUCUCGGUAUGAGGCUCAAAGUGCCCCAGGUAACCAUUGCUACAGCUAUAAUCUUUUGCCACCGGUUUUUUCUCCGUCAGUCACUUGCAAAAAAUGACCGGAGGACAAUUGCAACUGUCUGCAUGUUUCUUGCAGGCAAGGUUGAAGAAACUCCUCGCCCUUUAAAAGACGUUAUCCUUGUUUCCUAUGAAAUUAAUAACAAAAAGGAUCCCGAUGCUAUACAAAGAAUCAAACAGAAGGAGGUGUAUGAACAACAAAAGGAAUUAAUAUUACUCGGGGAGCGAGUUGUUCUUGCAACUCUCGGUUUUGACUUUAACGUGCAUCAUCCAUAUAAACCACUAGUAGAAGCAAUAAAGAAGUUCAAAGUUGCUCAAAAUGCCCUUGCUCAAGUUGCUUGGAAUUUUGUCAACGAUGGGCUUCGGACAUCUCUCUGCUUGCAAUUUAAACCCCACCACAUCGCCGCCGGUGCUAUUUUCCUUGCCGCCAAGUUCCUCAAAGUUAAACUGCCGUCAGACGGUGAAAAAGUUUGGUGGCAGGAGUUCGAUGUUACCCCACGCCAAUUAGAGGAGGUCAGUAAUCAAAUGUUAGAACUGUACGAGCAAAACAGAGUGGCACCUUCUCAAACUAGCGAAGUUGUCGACAGCAGUACAGGUGGCGGGGCUACUCAAAAGGGGCCCACCAGAUCUCAUACAGCCGACGAAGAUGGCCCAAACAACAGUAAUUCCAGGCCCGGUACCUCAUCAAGGCCUCCUCCUGAUCAAUCGGGCCAGAACGUAAAAGGAGACGUUGAAGUGAAUGAAAGUCAACAACAACAUUACGGCCCGGAAGAGGGUAACGGACCUGAAGGACAUUAUGAGGAAACACGAGAAAGAAGGGAACCCGUAGAAUUAGCAAAGGAGAAAUACCAGGGAAAGUCACCUCAAGAUGCUUUUAAAAAACUUGACAAAGAUAAAGUUAAAGCGGCCCUUGAGAAAAGAAGGAAGGCCCGUGUAGGUGAUGUGACCCGAAAAACAGAUGUCAUGGAUGAAGAUGAUUUAAUUGAGAGAGAAUUAGAAGAUGGUAUAGAGUUGGCUGCUGAAUCAGAGAAAAGCAAACAAGAUAGAAAACAUCAUUGGUCAAAAUCGUCAAGUCAGAUGGAUAAUGAUCUGGAAGACGGUCAAUACCAGUCUUCGGUUAAGGGGCAGCCGUCGCGCAGUCAAGAUUUUGAGCCUGUGGAAGAAGGGGAAGUGGGAAUGAUGGAUGAUGAGUAUAGGUCAAGGUCACCUAAGUCUAGUAACAGGAAAAGGAAGGGUGGUGGGACCCCACCUGAUAAACGGAGGAGAAACUAGAACGCAGCGAUCUCAUUUGUUGUUGAAUGUCUCUAUAUAACUGGAUGGUUCAUGCUGCUAAGAGAAUAUGUGGUUAAUCAAUGUACUUGUUUAAACUAAAUUUUGUUUUAUUAAGGUUUUUCUGGUCAUGAAAUAUUCAGACAGAGCAUUUGAUCAAUGGCUUCUCUAAGGUACAACAUUGACCAACCA